AUCUACUUCUGACUGACUUCUUUGACGGCUUCCAAAAGCCCACCGUCCUGCUUGCGACCCAAAGCAAUCGUCUUCUGUCAACAAACAUUCACUACUUCUCAAUCUCACUUCCAGUCACUUUCACGAUGGCGCCCAUUGCCAACAAGAACCAGGCUGGCGAUGCCAAGCCUGCCGUCAACCAACGUGAGAUUGAAGUCAUUGCGCUCGCCAUGCAAUGCAUGCCCGGCGACGGUGCUCCUCCGGUCGACGCCACCAAGCUCGCCCGCCUAGGCAACUACGCCAGCGCCGACUCAGCCCGCCACGCUUGGCGCCCGAUUGAGAAGAAGCUCCAUGGGCUCGCCAAGUCCGUCGGUGUCGACCCUGACGGCGAGAUUCCGGAGAUGAGUCGAGGUGGACGAAAGCGCAAAGCCGAUAGUGACGGCGAGACCACUAGCACCUCUCUCCCCGCUAAGAAGCCGCGCGCCAAGAAGGCCGGAACCGGUACCAAGAAGAAGGGUGGCAAGAAGGGCAAGAAGGAACCCGAGGGCGAGGACGACGAGGGAUCAAAGGUUGAUGGUGAGGCGGAGACUGGUGAGUCUGCUGGUCUGGAUGAUGGAGAGGUUUAGAUGAGUGCAGGGAAUGGAUGGGUGGAUGAGUAGUGUGCUUCGGAAAAGGAUAUAGAGAAAAGGGGGGUGUUCUGCGGUGCUUUUCAUGCGCUUUCUCGGUCUCGUUUGGGCUUUCGUCUCUUCGGCCCGGGUCUUCUGAAUCGAG